AUGUUUUGUUUAAAUAAACAACAAAAAUUAAAGAUUGAUCAAAAAGAACAACAAUGUAGAAAUAAAAUAAAAGUAAAUGAAAAUGGUAAUAAUAAUAAUAAUAAUAAUAAUAAUAAUAAUAAUAAUAAUAAUAAUAAUAAUAAUAGUAAUGGUAAUAUAGGUGGAUAUAUUGAAAAUGGUAAAGAAUAUUUUAUCAAUACAAGAGAUUUAUAUGAAUAUAUGGAAGCACAUAAAGGAUUAUUAGAAAUAACUCAAUCAUUUCAAACUUUUCAACCAAGGGAUAUUAGAUUAGCUCUUUGUCAAUGUUUAAGUUAUAAUUCAAAUAUAUUUAAAAGUGGUAAAGAUUAUUUAGGUGUUGGAUUUUGGACUUUACAUGAUGUAGAUGAUGAUCCUUGGUACGAUAUUGAUAUACCAGAUGAUAUACCCACUCAACGUUUAGUAAAUGGUAAAUUAAUGCCAAUUUGUUUAGCUCAAACUCCAAAAGGUUAUUGUCAAAAAGUUGGUACUUGUCCACAUCAUCAAAAAUGGAAUAAAUCAAUGGCUGAAUCUGAUAGUGAAUCUGAAGAUAAUCAUGAAAAUAAAAUAAUUUUAAAAGGUAAAAAUAUAAAGAAAAAUAAAGAACAUGAACAUGAAAUAGAGGAAACAGAAGAACAAGAUGAAGGAGAAGAAGCAGAAGAACAAGAUGAAGGAGAAGAAGAGGGAGAAGAAGAGGAAGAAGAAGGAGAAGAAGAGGAAGGGGAAGAAGAGGGAGAAGAAGAGGGAGAAGAAGGAGAAGAAUUUUCACAACUAACAAUUAUAGAACAAGAAGAUGAAGAAGAGUAUGAAGAAGUAGGAGAAGAGGAAGAAGAGGUAGAAAAUGAUGAACAAGAAGAAAAUGAAGGAGAGGGAAACAAAGAAUAUGUAGAUAGUGAUUAUGGUGAUGAAAAUGUUCAAACAUACAACCAAGAUGAAGAGUGCGAAUACGAAAAUGAUAAUGAUGACGAACAGUAUGAAAAAGAACAUUAUUAUAACGAUGAUGGCGAUGAUGAUGAAGAAUAUGAAUAUUUAGAUGAUUAUGAUGAUGAUGAUGAUGAUGAUAAAAAUGAUGAUGAUAAAAAUGAUGAUGAUGAUGAUGAUGAUGAAGUAGUUGAUUGUUAUAGUAAUAGAAAUUAUGAUAGGGAAGAAAUAGGUUUUGAUAUGUAUUCAUUAGGUGGAAAAUGUAAAAAUUUAGAACCAACUAAAAUAGAGAAAGAAAUAAUGCACUCUUUCUCAUUUGCACCAAUUUUAAAAAAAGUUUUGGAAGAAUAUACAAAUGAAACUCAAAAAGAGAUACCAACGGAAUUACAUUUAUUACCAAGAGAAUACACAAGAUUUAUGAUUUUAAAAUUCAUAGAUAACGAUAUGAAAGUUAAAGAUAUAACACUUGUUAGUUUACAAUCACCAACUUUAAUAACAAAAUUUUGGUAUCAUCAUCUAUCCUUCACUCAAAUGUAUAAUCAAUUUUGUAAAUUACUAAAAACUAAAAUUUAUAGUUAUCCCAAUAUCUAUAAUGAUCCAUUACCAAUUCAAAGGAAAAGGUAUCUUAGAACUUUGAAACUUUAUAGACACUAUUUCAUCUCUAAUAAAUAUAAUAAUAAUGACUCUGUUUUUACAUUCACUAAAAAAUUAAAAAAAAACUCAAUCCCAAUUAAUAAUCUUGUUUCUCAUCAAAAUUUACCAUCAAUUAUAUGGCCAUUAGAUUUAUUCACACCUUAA